GUUUGCGCCCCCCACAUUGCCGCUUGGGGCGCAUACCGUCGGAUGACAUGGCAGACAGGGCGGAGGGGCCAUUCGAGGAGGACAUGGCCUGCCCAAGGGACCAUGUUGUGUGGACUUGGGUGACUCCUUGGCGAAUGCUGCCAAGCAAUUCUCGCGGGGCGAGAAGACUGCGCCGCAAGCUCUGCAACAAGGAGUACAAAGGGAACAGGAAGCGUGCAGCAGAGCACUUCAUCCUGGCGAGGGCGUCGGCCAGAUGUCCGGGUGCGAACCUCUCCAUUUGGAAGAGGCUGCACCGCAUCGGUGUGAAGCUUCCACCGGAUCUGCUGGAGAGGGUGCGGAUGGCGUUGGAGCACGAAAGGGACAACGACAACGACGACAUUCCUGACGCGUCAGGUGCUGGAGAGGAGGGGGGAGGUGGGAUUGCUGAUCAGCUAGAGGAAGCAUGUGGUGCGGAGGGUGAGGAGGGAUUGGAUGAGGGGAUGAGGGGAGUUGUGACUGGAGGAUCCGCCGGUGGAGGGAGGCCUGCGUCCUCGCAGGCUGUUUUCAGUAAUGUCAACCUCAUGACACAGUUUGAGAGUGUGGUCGAGAGGCUCAUCGGGAAGAAGGGGAGUACGAGAUUCGAUGACUGCAUGGACCAGCUUUACGACUUCCCGUUCGGGCGAGGAGUCCUCGRCACCCCUYARGCAAAGAAACGGGYYGCGAAGGACAAUGCGGUGCUGUGGUGGGAGGYRCAUGGGGCGGGGCAUCYGRAGAUUCAUGAUGAUUCUCAAGGGAUCAAGCUGAAUCUAGUCCGAAUCUUGAAUCAGACGAUCAAAGAAGAUCUGUAUCAUACGACUUGUCAAAUCCCAAGCCAAAUUGUCAAAGUAUGAAGAUCAAAUCCCCAUGACACGUUCUCACUCAAGACUUUCCUGAUAGCCAAAUCUAGGUCUACCUCUAAGCCAGCGCCCCAAAGA